AUGAUUAAAUUCACACAAGACAUCUAUAUUCAAUCCUUUAUCAUAGGAUUAAUUUUAGCAGCAGUUUAUUUCCGACUAUCGAGACGGAAUGAACCACCUCUUGUUCAUUAUCGAACUCCAAUUAUCGGACAUACAUGGAGAUUUUUAACGGAUUGCGAAAAUUUAAUUUUAGAAUCUCGAAAAAAGUAUGGAGAGACAUUCUCAUUAUAUGUAUUUGGUCAAAUAAUGACUGUGGUCGGAAAGGAAUCAACUCAUGAAAUAUUUAAAAAAGAUCAAGAAUUUUGUUUUCGCGAAGGUAUAAAAAUGCAAUUGCCCUUUCAGCACAUAUUUAGUUAUGCCACAAGUAUUGAGAAAAAUGGUAGAAUAAUAAGAGAGUUUAUAAUAGGAAAAUUAAAAUAUCUUACGAGUCGGUUACAAAAAAAUAUUGAUAAGGCUAUGGAUCUUUACAUUGGUGAAUGUGAUGAGCCGAAAGUUAUUCGUGAUCCACAUAAAACUUUGUCACAGAUUGUCUCAAUUCCAGUUGCUAACAUUAUCGUUGGUGAUGAAUGUUACGAACAUGAGGAUCUGUUAGAAACUUUUAGAACAUUAACAAAUGCAAUUUUUGGUUGGAAUCCUAUGUCAAAACAUAGAAAUAUAAUCAUUAAUCGUAUUAGGCCAGUCGUCGAAAAACGUCUUUAUGAUAAAAAGAAAUUAGGUGAUGCUUGGGUUGCUCCUGUAAGUUAUGCAUUGCAAUACUAUUUAGAUGAUCCCGAACUAGCCCCAGAUCUCGACCCAAAUAAUGUAAAUUAUAAUUAUAUUGCCGAAGCGAUCGGAAGACUUGUUUUUGUUUCUAUGGGAACUACAUCUGGUGGUGCUACCCGUGCUUUAUAUGAUUUGAUUGAUAAGAAAAAAGAAUACUGGCAAGUAUUACGGCAGGAAGCUCAAGAAAUUAAUAAACAAUGUAAUGGAAACGAGCUUACAUCUGAUGACAUUGCUAAAAUGGUGAAAUUGGAUAGCUUUGUUAAAGAAUCUUUAAGAUUAUCUAAUGGCAUAGUCGCUUUGCCGCAUAAAUGUAUUUCUGAAUCUUAUUAUACAUUUGAGAAUGGAUAUCAAAUCCCAAGAGGUCGCAUAGCCAUUUUAAACAUUAUUGACACAAAUAGAGAUGUGGAACUUCAAGGUCAAAAUCCUGAAGAAUUCCAUGCAAACCGUCAUUUGGAACGUAAUUCUCCCGCGACAAGACUCGAACGUAAUUUUUUGGUGUUUGGAGGUGGAAAACAUGCGUGCCCGGGUAGAGCUUUAGCUGUUAAUGAGAUUAAAAUAUUUUUACAUAAGGUUUUAUUGAAAUAUGAUGUCAGAACUGAAACGGGAGAGGAUAUACCUAUUAAGAAAUAUCUUGGACCUAUUCCUAGACCGAUAAAAACUAGUAUUAUUUUUGAGAAGAGAAAGGAUUAUGUAAAUUAG